CAGCCAAAGCCACUGGCACAGCCCAGAUCCGGGGCCUGCUGUCCCCAGGCUCUCAUCGCCCACAUCCCCCUACCCUGCACAUGGUCAUCGAGGCGCUGCGAGCCCAGGACCAGAGGAAGGGUACCUCUGUGGCUGCCAUCAAGCGGUUCAUCCUGACCAAGUACCCCACCGUGGACCCCAUCCGUCUCAAGUACCUGCUGAAGCAGGCCCUGAGCAAGGGGCUGAGCCGCGGGGACCUGGUGCGGCCCCACAACUCCACAGCCACAGGGGCUACCGGCCGCUUCAAGUUAGCCUCCAAGAAGCUGCAUAACAAGCAGCCACCGGGCCAGGCAGAUCCUGACAAAGGGCAGGACCCGAAGCCAGGAUGGAAAAGGACCACCAAGCCCCCAUGUGCCCCUGUGGUGGGUGCACAGCAGCAAGACACUGUGAAGAAGCAGCUGGCAGCAGUGAAACAGAAGGUGAAGGCAAAGACCGCAGAGGCCCGGAUGCCAGCAGGAGCGAAGCCCAAGAACGGUGGAGCGAAGCCCAAGAGCGAUGGAGCAAAGCCGCCCCGAGCUGCCAGCCACCCCCGAGCCCCUGGCAAAGGGCGUUCAAGGCCUCCCACAGCUCUGGCUGCUGAGGAUGUGGGAGGGGACGAUGGCAAUGGCCCUGUUGGUGCUGGGGCAAAGAGACCCCGAAAGGUUGCAACGGGAACAAGCAAAGCAAAGGCACCCAAGAGGGCACAGCAAGAUGUCCCCGAGGCAAAGGAGGGUCAAGGCAAGGCGAAGGGGGGUCAGAGCAAGGCAGGGAAGCCCCAGGUGCCUGCAGGAGCUGGUCAGGGGAGUCAAGGCAAGGCGAAGGGGGGUCAGAGGAAGGUGGGGAAGCCUCAGGUGGCCCCAGGAGCUGGUCAGGGGAAGGCUGGGCUGCAGAAGGCAGCCCCCCCCACGGCGGGCAGGAAGGCUAUGUAG